AUGGCAGGACCUUCUGGCUCCUCCGAGUCUUCCAUGACAUCUACAUCGCAUACUCUCACGAACACUAACCCGCCUUCAUUCGCCCACCCUUCGAAACCUCCUGGAGCAAUGGAAAUGCUGGCGCUUUUCGAAGCUAUCAAAUCGGGCAACCGCCACGACUUCUUACAGCCCUCGUCCUCACUACCGACAGCCUCGUUGCAGCUUGCCAAGUCUACCCUCGACGCGUAUGCGGCCCAAGUCAGUGACGAGCAACAACAGCGGCAAAAAGAGGCAAACAAGAAGCGGAAACGCGCCGAUGGUCCGAGUAAAACCGAGGUACUCAAGGUCAGGAACUUACAUGUAGACGGCUUUGAGAGCGGUCAGGUGUGGCAGCAGGCGAAAAGGAUCAUCACGAGCACCCUGCAAGACUCGAAGGAUACGUUACAGGAGCUGGAAGACCGGAACGAGGUACAACUGAACGGCGUCAACGGGGCAUCGGAUGACCUAGAGGUUGAGGGAAGUGACUUCGAGACUGGCUCUAUCAACAGUGGCCAAUUCCCUGCUUCGGAAGAAGAUGGGUCCGAGGGUGGUCUAGAGGUCGGUGAUGAGGACGAGUAUUCCGACGAAGAUGGGCUCGAGGACGAUGUUGAACUCCUGGAAGAUGGGAUGGAGGAGGAAGACGAGAACAUCGAUAUGGAAGAAGAAGAUAUGGAUGAUAAAAGUUCGUCAGAGGAAGCCGCUGAACCACUCGUCAAGGAUCCAAAUGGUCUCAAUGAUGGGUUCUUCUCUAUCGAUGAUUUCAACAAGCAAACCCAAUUCUUUGAGGACGCAGAUGCUCGAGCAGAUCCGAAUGCCGACGAGGCAAGCGACGACGAUGAGCUCGACUGGCACGCCGAUCCCUUUUCCGCAUCGCAACCUGCAGAUUGGAAGAAAUCAAAGAAGUCUCGAGACGAAGACGACGAACUUCCCUCUGGUUUGAUUGAAGAUGAUGAGGAGGAAGAGGACGACAACGAGGACGACGAAGAAGGCGGUGCUACCUUUGGCGACAUGGACUUGGAUGCACCAGAAGGAGACAGUGAAAACGAGGGUGAAGAUGAUGCUAUGGACGACGGCGAUGAAUUCAACGCCAACGACGUCUUCUACAAGGACUUCUUCGCUCCACCACAGCGAAAGGGAGCAAAAAAGAGCAAGUCGCGGGGGUUUGAGAAUUCAAAGUCAACACAGCCGGAUGACGGCGAUAUUGACCGCGCCAAGGCUGACGUCCGCCGUGACUUGUUUGAGGAUGAGUCGGAACAUGAAAACUCGGACGACGCCCUCUCAGACGUUUCUGCAGGGGAUCCUAAAUCAAGGAGAUCCGCCCAUGAAAGGAGGCAGGCCAAGUUGACCGAUGAGAUCCGCAAACUCGAAGCUGCCAAUGUAGCGAAGAGAGAUUGGACCUUGUCAGGUGAAGCUAAAGCCACUCAACGACCAAUGAACUCGCUUCUAGAGGAAGACCUCGACUUUGAGCAUGUCGGCAAGCCAGUUCCAGUCAUUACCACCGAAGUCAGCGAAAGCCUCGAGGAUUUGAUCAAGCGCAGGAUCCUAGCUCAAGAAUUUGACGAGGUGAUCAGAAGACGCCCAGAUUCUGCUGAAUUCUCGACCAACGCUCGGCGAGGACUUGUCGAGGUUGAUGAUAGCAAAGGCAAACAGGGUCUGGCCGAGCUCUACGAGGAAGAGCACACGAAGAAUGCCAACCCAGAUACCUACGUGAGCAAAGCCGAUGCGAAGCUGCAGAAAGAAGAGAAAGAAGUCGAGCAGCUGUGGGCCGAGGUCAGCGCCAAGCUCGACGCUCUCAGCAGUUGGCAUUACAAGCCCAAGCCUCCUGCGCCUUCACUCACUGUCGUGUCGGAUAUCGCAACGAUCAGCAUGGAAGAUGCCCAACCUACAACAGCACAGGGUGUCAGUGGCGGUGACAAUACCCUGGCGCCUCAAGAGAUCUACAAGGCUGGCAAGGACACGGCCGAGAAGGGCGAGGUUGUUGCCAAGAGCGGCCUGCCCGUUGCACGACAGGAGAUGAGCAGGGAGGACAAGGCUAAGAGACGUCGGAGGGAGAAGGAGAGAACUCGCAAGGCCGGUGGCACAGACAGCAAGAAGCCGCAGAGUGCAAAGGCUAGAGAACGGAAAGACACGCUCGGCGAUCUCAAGAAGGGUGGCGUCAAGGUCAUCAACAAGAAGGGCGAGAUUGUGGACAUGGAGGGUAAUAAGGCAAGGGCAGCGAAAGCUGCGUCAAGCGGUAGCUUCAAGCUGUAA